GUUUUAGACUGGAUCAUGGUGCACUGUGGUGCGGGGACUGAUAGCUGAUGUAAACAUGCCUGAAGUUCCGUCUGCAGAGAGCUCGAGCGAGCAGCAGCCAGAAAACACGUCGAGGAAAAGAACGUUAGAGAACACAGAUGAUUACACCGCAAAAAAUAAACCACGCUGUUGGGGUAUUUUAACUAGCCAAGGGUCAUGGGCGGACCGGUCCCCUCUCCACGAGGCAGCGUGUCAUGGCCGUCUCCUGGCCCUCAGGACCCUACUCUCACAGGGUUACAACGCAAACAUCCCUACCAUAGACCAUGUGACGCCGUUGCAUGAGGCUUGCCUGUCAGACCACGCGUCGUGCGCCAAGGCGCUCGUCGCAGCUGGUGCCAAUGUAAAUGCCACCACCAUUGAUGGGGUGACGCCACUGUUCAAUGCCUGCUCAGCGGGCAGUGCCACCUGUACAGAGGUACUGCUGGAAAACGGUGCCAAGCCCCAGUCAGAGAUGUGCCAGCCCUCGCCCAUACACGAAGCCUCCAGCAAAGGCAGAAGUGCUUGUCUGGAGGCACUGAUCACAUGGGGAGCAGACGUGGACUAUGAUAUUCCUCACCUGGGAACCCCCCUGUACAUCGCCUGCAUCUCCUCAGGACUCCAGUGCACACAGAAACUCCUCGAAGGAGGGGCCAAUGUGCAGAAGGGCAGGUUCCUGGAGAGCCCGCUCCAUGCAGCAGCUCAGAAGGACUGUACUGAGAUCAUCAAUGUGUUGUUAGAGUUUGGAGCGAACAUUAACGCUAAAAACCUAGAGCUGAAGAGACCGGUGGAGUCAGCCCCACCUAACAGCUCAGCAGAGGAGACGUUACUGCUGUAUGAAGCAACACCUCAGUCACUAUGUCAACUGUAUCGUCUCAGUGUUAGAGAUUAUAUGGGUCGAUCUCGACUACACCUCAUCCCUCAGUUACACCUCCCCAACCCUCUCAAACGCUUCCUCCAGUACAGAUAGAACACAACGCUCUCUCUCUUUCUGUCUGUCUGUCUGUCUGUCUGUCUGUCUGUCUGUCUGUCUGUCUGUCUGUCUGUCUGUCUGUCUGUCUGUCUGUCUGUCUGUCUGUCUGUCUGUCUGUCUGUCUGUCUGUCUGUCUGUCUGUCUGUCUGUCUGUCUGUCUGUCUGUCUGUCUGUCUGCCUCUCUGUCUGUUGCUCUCUCCCUUCCCCUCUCUGUUUCUCUCUGUCUUCCUCUUUCUCUCUCUUUCUAAAUGAGAGAGCAUCGUCAUGAUAGAGGAUAUUCUUUCUCCCACCCUGUCUCUUUCUCUCUGUUUCUCUCUCCGUCCAUCUUUAUCAUCAAGGGAAUGUUUUAUUACUCACUGAACCUUGUUUCUUUUUAACCCAGAACCUCAAAUGCACCGAAUCCCUCCCAUUCACUGACAUCUGUUUCCACUCUUUCUCUGUAUAUUCUGUUACAUUGACCAAAACAACAACUCUUAUGCUAAUCAGAUGUACUGUGAAUAAUAUUGCAUUUCAAUUAUUUUCUUAUAUAAUAUUAGCCAACUAAUAUAUUAACGUGACCCGUAUAUGCAUAACUCACUGAAAAAUGUACAGUAUUUUGCCAAAACUCAUUUCACAUACCUCUCACCUGUUUCACUCUAAUAAAUAAGAAUGUUAUUCCAUGA